GAGCUAGGAAAUAUAUAUGAUCAUAUAUAACGCAUUUUGUCGAGUCAACUAAAAUUGAUAAGCUGAAAAAACACCCUUUUUACCAUUGUCGACUCGGACCCUUCAUCACAAGGACCGGUAAACUCGUAUCUUCCUUCAGCGAUCUGAUCAAACAGCUCCUCUUGAUCACUGCUGGGGCUACACAUCAUUACAAGUUAAAGUGAAAACUAGUUGAUUUGUUUUUUUUUUUAAUUCUAUAUAUAGAAAGUGCACUAAGCAGUUUGUUCCACCCUUCGAAAGAUACUAGUUGCAAUGUGACCAACACAUAAAUAAAUAAAUUAAAUGAAAAUAAUUAUAUCUAUUUAACGCAUUUAAAAGUUUCCAUCAUAGCAAAAACAGCGUAAAAAACACCAUGUUCAUACCUUUAAGAAUGCCGUUGACUCAGGGUUUGAGUUGUCAAACUCGGAUUGUUUUAAAGUUCAAUGUCAUGACUAAAAUUUGUUCUAAACACAAAAGCAGUUAUAAAAUGAAUUAUUAUUGACAUAACAUUCGAUAUUUGACUAUAUUAUGGAAUCAGACUCAAGGACUUAUAGCAUAACAGAGGAAAUUCGGACUUAAUUUUGCAGGUUUUGUUUUCCGCUAAAAAAAUUUUGGCGUACUCUAAAAUUAAAAUUAAAGAAUCAUAUGUUAAUCAGUAUGACUUUUUAUAUAUUUUCUGUUUCAUGGUAUUAUUUCAUUUAAACAUAAAGAUAUCGUAUGGCUCAAAAUGCAAAAAUAUUGAAAAAUGCUAAAAAAAAAUGUCAAAGCUAGACACCUUAUCUCAAAAUUUUGAUGAUUUACCUCAUAUAAAUCUUAUACCAGGAGAAUAAGGUCGUUAUAAGUAGUUUAAUAUUUUAAAUGUUUUUGUAUUAUCGUCAUUUCAUUUUUGUUAAUUAAAAAAACCAAUGGGUAGAUAUUUGAAAACUUGUAGAGGAAAUUCGGACUGAGGUAUUUUUAUUAACAAAUCAAAUCUAAUAAUUUAACUAGUGCCACUCCUAUUCAUAGGCUGUAUUUUGUUAUUUAAAGAGUUUAAUUAUUUGUAAUAUUUUCAAAUUAACAACUAACGCUAACCCUUAGAGAAAUUAUCACAUGCAUUGAUGUACUAGUAUGUCAUAAUCUCCUUAUGGAGGAGAUAACGUGUGAAUGAACGAAUGAAGGAUAGCCUUGAUUGCGCUUACUACACGUUAAUCUAUUUGAUUGUUGAGGCUAUUAACAUAUGCUUUUAAAUUCUUUGUAUGUUAAAGAAAUCAAGUUUCAGGACAUUAAAUAAUCCAUGAAUUUGGCAUAAUAAUUCUUGCUGUAGAUAUCUAAAUUUAAAAAUUCAAUGCAGAAAAAUGCAUAUUAUAUGACAUACAUACACUCAGAUAUGUCCGUUCAAUAUCACAAAGUUUUUAUCCCUUACCAUCUAAGCAUUUUGUUUUUUAUUGUUGCAGAAUUGAUGGACUAAAAAAAAUGAACUUAUGUUAUCUAAAACAUAUCAUAUUAAGGCGUGCGUGUACUGGGAUAUCAUUUAUCUUAAACUGUUAUCAUUUAUCAACAAAAAAAACCAAGACGGGACAGUUGUGGAGUUUUUCGAGAGUGUUACCAGAAGACAUGACUACCGAAAGUAGUCCAGAAACUGAGCUACAGGUGUACGGCGUCCGUUGGUACUUAUUGUCUGUUGUCUCGCUCAAUUGUUGUCUCCAGACUGCCGUGUGGGCGGAGUUUCCACCCAUCGCUCAAUCGGCUAAACUAGUCUAUGAUUGGUCAGAUUCUGACAUCAACAUGUCUUUGAACUAUGGAAAUAUUGGCACCAUUGUUCUUUUGCCACCUAUGAUCUGGAUUGUAUUUACAAAAGGCAUGAGGACAGCCGUGAUAUUGUCCACCUUCUUGAUGGCAGCGGGUACCGGACUAAAGGCCCUCCCAGUCGGCAAUGAUCUGAAUUCAUGGCUUAUUCCCAUUGGACUUUUCUUGAACGGUUGUGCAUACGCCAUGACGGCGGUUGGGGCGACUGUCCUAUCGGAGACGUGGUUCCCGCCCUCUCAGCGCGCCACCGCUACCGUAAUCUACAUAAUUAGCGCCGCUGCUGGAGGGGCUCUUGUCUUCAUCGUAGGACCUGCUGUUGUACCGGAACCAAUCGCAUUAUGUGACAAUAUCACGUGGUCAAUGAAUUCAAAUUGCAGUGAACAAAACAAAACAUAUACAAAUUCGUACGAGGUACACGAAGGUUUGAAAGUUUUAAACGUCACAGCCUCCACAACCACCCAGUGUCACGGCGAAUACACAACGACUGGGGCUGGUGGAGGGAUUCAAAACAGCCCUCCGGCAAUGGAGAUUUUGGCACUUGGCGUUGUGUUGUGCUAUUCCCGCCUCAGUUUUCAGCGCGUGGAUUACGACAACGGAAGUCGUGCUACACCCAUUUGGGAUAUCUCAAAAGCUGGGUGGAUGUCCUUUUCGGGUGCUAUUGGUGGGACUCUAUUUGGAAUGGUCCUAUCUAGAUUGUCCGACGUCUUUUACCGCAAGAUGAAAGUUAUAAUGAUGGUCAUGUUCAGCAUCGCCACUGUGUCUCUCCUUCUUUUCAUUUUAAUUUUGAUUAAAGUAUUAUCCAAUGAACACUGGUCAUUCUAUUUCACGUUCAUUGCUGCCUGCGUUGUGACUCUUGGAACUCAGCCGCUCUACUACGAAAUUGCGUGCGAGAACCUGUUUCCGGUCUCAGAAGCCGUUAUAUCAGGUUUAUUGGGGUUUCUAAACAUUGUCAGCAACACCUUAUUUCUCCUGGUGACAAUUAUACCUAACAUAGGUACCAUGUGGCUAAACUGGGCGGUGUUUGUGACGUCAUUACUGUCCGUUGUGGUGCUGUACUUAUUCAAAGAGGAGUACAGGAGGAUGGACAUAGAUUUACCAGUCAGCCAAUCAAAAGACUCGAAACUGUGAACAAAGAUGUUUCUGACAGCGCUGUCACCAUUUUACCGUAACUAUCAUUUACGGACACUAUUUCACGGACACUAUUCCUUGAUCCACCAACUUCCAAGUACUUCAAAUAAGUUUCGAUAAAAUGCUGUAUUGUAUGU